CCUUGGGGAGCUUGGACGGACUCGAGGGGCCGCCGCAGCCACUUCCGCGCGUGCUCCGGCUUCCCCGCGAUGGGCUCGAAAGGGGCCCUGCUGUGGAGGCAGCUGUUGCUCGCGCUCCUGUCGGGGCUCUGCCUGGGCCAGGGCCACUUGUUCCCCGCCGGCAGCGGCCUGGGCUCAGUGACGCCCGCACUGGAUCUCCGCCGCCGCCUGGUCCUGCUGUCCGAGCAGCAGGUGCUGGAGGCGCACGACUUGUCCCUGUCGCUGCUGCAGGGCCAGGGGCUGGGCCCGCCGUCGCUGUCGCUGCCCCCUGAUCUGCCCGAGCUGGAGCCCGAGUGCCGGGAGCUGCUGCUGGACUUCGCCAACAGCAGCGCGGAGCUGACGGGGUGCCUGGUGCGCAGCGCCCGACCUGUGCGCCUCUGCCAGAGCUGCUUCCCGCUCUUCCAGCAGGUCACCGGCAAGAUGGACAACAUCAGCCAAGCCGUCGGGAAUAUGUCAGAGAGCCAUAAUUGUGCCAAAAAUCUCUUGAUGUCGGACAGGAUGCAAAUUGUAGUGAUUCUUUCUGAAUUUUUUAAUACAACGUGGAAGGAAGCAAAUUGUGCAAAUUGUUUAGCGAAUAACAGUGAAGAACUAUCAAACAGCACAUUUAAGUUCCUUGAUCUAUUCAAUCAGACUUUGACAUGCUUUGAGCAUAAUCUUCAGGGAGAUUUGACCAAUUUUCUCCAGCAAAGAAAUUACACAGAAGUGUGCAAAAAUUGCCAGGAAAUAUACAAAACCCUGAGUAUGUUUUAUAGUGAGUUGCAAAAAAAGAAUGAACACAAGAAUAAGGCUGAACCUGGAACACAUCUAUGCAUUGAUGUGGAAGAUGCAAUGAAUAUCACUCGAAAACUGUGGAGUCGAACUUUCAACUGUUCAGUUCCCUGCAGUGAUACAGUUCCUGUAAUUGCUGUUUCAGUGUUCAUCCUCUUUUUACCAGUAGUUUUCUAUCUUAGUAGCUUUCUUCACUCGGAGCAAAAGAAAAGAAAACUCAUUCUGCCUAAGCGUCUUAAAUCCAGUACCAGCUUCGUAAGCAUUCAAGAAAAUUCAAACUAAAGCCAAAAAAAGGAAUUCAUUUUUGGUAAAACAGUGAGAGACUUCGUUUCCAUGUCUGAGUUAUCUGUACGGUAUAUGAGAGAAGGCUGAUUCUUGGCUGUUUAACAGAAAACAAGUUUUUGUUCUUUCCUGGCCUCCAUUCCUAAACUUUCUGGAUUUGUUCAGCUGCCACCUUCUAUGCUGUUCCUAAUAGCAUUAUCUUGAUUUGAAGAAUCAUAUGAUUGAGUGCUAUUGAAAGCAAUCUUUUAUUAAUGCUAAUAAAACCAGUUUACAUGUCCAAAGUUAGAGAAUGACAGCUUUGAUACUCUAAGUAGUGGCUUCACGGCUAAGUAGUCAUGAAAGUCAUUAUUUUUGGAUGUGGUAAAUAAGCACUUUAAAAAUGAAAGGGCAGCCUUCAUUUUUCUUCUGACUGACUCAUGUGACUUUAGAAAUGGCAAUCAGAACAAACUUCUGAAAUGAUCCUGUUUAAAUAUUUAAAUAUUGCAUAAUCAUUGCAUAGCUCUACGUUCUGGAAACAUAACAUACAUAUAUGCCCCUAACGUAUGUCAAGUUGCAUUAACAUGGUAGGUUUUAAAAUAAAUUACCUAAAGGAAAUUUCAAUACUGCUUUUGAUUUUUUUUUUAAAUACCACUGUUUCCAGGUUGUAAUUUCACAUUGCACUUUAUUGAGUUUUCAGAGCCUUCUUUUAAAUAUUAGGUAUUUGUAUUUCAACUGAAAAUAAAAGAUAUUCACGUUUUUGGGUAACAUUUUAAUUUAAAAAUAAAAAUUAUAUGUAAAAUUGUGAAAUAUUAUGCAAUAUCACUGUAGUUGAAUCUGAUCAUUUUUACCCUCUGUUUAGUAACUGUUAUUUCUAAUAGGACCAUUAUUUUUGUAAUAGCAUAUAGGCAGUUUAUAUUCUCCACCAUACUUCCUUCUUAAAACUGCUUGAAAGAAUGUUGGAUUUGUAAACAGAGGUCCUGGGUUCAUAUCUGGUUCUGCCAAAUACCAAAUAUUACCUGUAUGACCUUAGACAAAUCACUUAAUUUCUCUGGGGCUUCAGUUUUCUUAUCUAUAAACAAUGAGAGAGUUUGACUAAAUCACCCCAGAGGACCCUUCUAAUUCUAUGAUCCUUUAAUCCACUUUACUUGGGGAGUAAUAUUAAAAUUGGUAGUUCUGUUCCAGGCCGGGGAUCAUACAUGAUGAAUAAUAUGUCAGAAAAUACAAAGAUACGGUAUGUCAGAAAAUACAACGGUAUGAUAACAACAAGUGUCUAUAAUAACAAAAUAAAAUUAUCCUCCAAGUCAUAGAAUUUAAGAAUCGGAAUGAACUUUAGAGAUCAACUGAUCCAGCCACCUCAUUUUACAGAUGAAAAAAUUAGGCACAGAGGAAUAGAGAGACUUGCCUAAGGGCACACAGUCCGUUGCUCAUUAUACCACACUGCCAGUCAUAUGUAUGUUUUUAAAAACAGAUAUAUAUUGAUUAGUCAAGGAACCUCAAUAUUACUAUGAAUAUAUGUACACCAUAUUAGAAAAGAUAAUUAUACUGUAUCAUAAAUGUGAUUUAUUUAAAACUAGUAUGCUAGCUUUAAUAAAUAUGUUUAACUAA